AUGAAAACUCUCAGCCAACCAACGCUAUUAAUCCUUUCAUUAUCACUCCUCUUCCUAACGCUUCACUUCCCUCCAACACAAGCCAAGUUCGCCGGACUUGGCAUCCACAGACCAAAUAGCCCAAAGCAAGCAAGGCAGCUCGCUGCCUCCGCCGCCCACGAUGACGAGAGUGGUGAUUUCGUGACGUUUUACUACAACCAGACGCUUGACCACUUCAACUACAAGCCGGAAAGUUACACCACUUUCCGGCAGAGGUACAUCGUCAACGUCAAACACUGGGGUGGCGCCGAUACCAACGCUCCCAUUUUGGUCUACUUUGGGCCCGAAGACAGGAUCGACUACGCCUGGACCGAUAUUGGCUUCCUCACUGAGAAUGCUCCCCAUUUCAAGGCCCUCCUCUUAUAUAUCGAGCAUCGGUACUACGGGGAGUCCGUCCCGUUUGGGUCGUGGGAGAAAGCUUCGAGAAACGCCACUUCCCUCGGCUACUUGAACUCUGCUCAGGCGAUUGCGGAUUAUGCCGCCAUCAUCCUCCACGUCAAGCAGACUUACUCGGCCAAGAACUCCCCCGUCAUCGUCGUUGGAGGAUCCUACGGUGGAAUGCUGGCGUCCUGGUUCAGGCUGAAGUACCCACACGUAGCGAUUGGAGCGCUGGCUUCGUCGGCUCCAAUUCUCUAUUUCGAUGGAGUCGCGCCUGGAGAUGGCUACUACUCCGUCGUCACAAAGGAUUUCAAAGAAGAUAGCAAGAGCUGCUACGAGACGAUUCGCAGGUCGUGGGUUGAAAUCGAAAGAGUGGCUUCCAAGCCCGACGGCCUUUCACUCCUCGGCAAGAAAUUCAAAACUUGCCGUCCUUUGAGAAGGACAUUCGAUUUGAAGGAUUACUUGGACUCCAUGUACGCGGAGGCGGCGCAGUACAACGAGCCGCCGGAGUAUCCCGUCAGCAUAGUCUGCCGUGCCAUCGACGGAGCCCCGGACGGCGACGUUCUGGGGCAGAUACUCGCCGGCGUGGUUGCUUACAAGGGAGACAGCUCCUGCUACGAUGUCUACGACUCCUCUCCUCCUACGGCUUCAGACAGUGCAUGGAAAUGGCAGACGUGCAGCGAGCUAGUAUUCCGAAUAGGGCACGAUAGCGACACGAUGUUCCCGCCGGAGCCUUUCAACAUCAACAGCUUCACCAAGAAUUGCGAGAGCCGAUUUGGAAUCCUUCCACAGCCUCACUGGGUCACCACCUUUUAUGGAGGCCACGACUUGAAGCUGGCUCUGCGUAGAUUUGCUAGCAACAUCAUCUUCUCAAAUGGGAUGAGAGAUCCUUACAGCAGCGGCGGGGUGUUGAAGGACAUAUCAGAUAGCAUUAUCGCAUUGUCUACCGUUAAUGGAUCUCAUAGUCUGGAUAUACUGACAUCAAGGCCAAGUGACCCCGAUUGGUUAAUCAAGCAGCGCAAGACUGAGCUGGAAAUUAUCGGGAGGUGGCUUUCGAAGUACUACACAGAUCUAGUGCAGUUGAAAUAG